AUGAGGCGUUGUGAGCUAGAGUUUGUUGUUGGUGACAAGGUAUUCUUGAAAGUGUCGCCAAUGAAGGGAGUAAUGCGGUUUGGCAGAAUGGGUAAGCUUACUCCUCAUUUUACUGGCCCUUAUGAAAUUGUGAGAAGAAUUGGGAAGGUGGCUUAUGAGUUAAAAUUACCAUCUGAGAUAGCUAUGGUGCAUCCUGUGUUUCACAUUUCGAUGUUGAGGUUGUAUAAAACUGAUCCUUCUCAUAUAUUGACUCAUGAAGAGAUUGAAGUCAAUGAGGGGUUGUCUUAUGAAGAACUUGGGCAAAUCUUAGAGCGACAAGUCAGGAUAUCGAGGAUGAAAGAUGUAGCUUCGAUUAAAGUCCUGUGGAAAAAUCAUAAUACCGAAAAAGUGACUUGGGAAGCAGAGGAGAAUAUGAAGAAAAGAUACCCUCACUUAUUCCUUAUUACAAGUAUGUGUUAA